CUGUUUUGUUCUUUAUAAUCACUUGGAAGAAGUAUCUUUCUUCUCUGCAGAACAGAAGGAAAAGAAAAAGAAACACCCAUGGCUCUGUCGUCUAGCUUCUCAGUUUCUGUGUUUCUCUUGAUCGUUGUGUCGGUUCAAUGGACUCUGGUUUGCAGUGAACCCACAAUCUUAGCUUCUCCUGCUGUCUUACCGUAUAGCAAUGCACCAGAUAUGUCUUCAUUUUUCCCUUCUCCGACAAAAGACCGUACAUUCGAUACUGCUGCAUCUCCUGCUCCAGAAACAGAGGCCCCUGGUCCUAGCUCAGGCCAGUUUAAUGGGAAGGUUGCAGGCAUCUCCAUGCGGCUCCGUCCUGAUGUUCCUUUGGUUCUGGUCAUUGUUGGGAUCUAUAGCUUUCUAUCUGUACUUUAUUGAUGUUGUAAUCUUUGUGUUUCGCUUUUACUUUCCUUCUCCUUGUUAUUUUUGUUCUUAAACCUUGCGAACUUCGACAUGUACUAUUUUGAUACUGUUACACUUAUGUGUAUUUAUUUAUUUAAGAAAUUAA